GCACGUGGCCAUGGAGGGUACGAUUCUGAUUUUAGUGAUGACGAGAAUGAAGAGAAGUCUGGGCAAAAGCCGAAAAGUGUGAAGGAAGACAGCCUUCUGGUGAAGCCAUUCCAAAAAGCGAAACAAGGCAAUGUGGUUCACAGACAAUUUGCAGCUGAAGAAUGGGACAGGGAAGAAGCAAGGAAAAGAAGAUUUCACUUGAUAUCGAUGGAUGCCUAUGAAAGACAUAAGAAAUUGGUGCGUGACUACAUUUUGUACUACGGUGGCAAAAUAGAGGAUUUUCGACGUUCUGGAGCAAAUGACAAGACGGAUCUCGAUGUCAUCAGAGAAAACCAUAGAUUCCUGUGGAACGAAGAUGAUGAGGCAGACAUGAAUUGGGAGAAGAGGCUUGCGAAGAAAUAUUAUGAUAAGUUAUUCAAAGAAUACUGUAUAGGAGAUCUCAGUAGAUACAAAGAGAAUAAGUUUGGAUUUAGGUGGCGACAUGAGAAAGAAGUAAUUUCAGGAAAAGGCCAGUUUUCCUGUGGAAAUAAGCACUGUGAUGAGAAGGAAGGCCUGAAGAGCUGGGAGGUGAAUUUUGGUUACGUUGAGCAUGGUGAAAAGAGGAACGCACUUGUGAAAUUGAGACUGUGUCCAGAAUGUUCCUCCAAACUAAACUUUCAUCAUCGGAGGAAAGAAGUCAAAGCAAGAAAAAGAGGCGAAGCUGUGCCAAGCUCUAAAGAGCCAAAAAUUAAGAAGAUGAAAUUAUCUUGCUCGGGAAAAAAGUCCAGAAAAAAGACCCAUAAAGAUCAGGUUUCUUCGGAAGAUUCAGAUAGUUCUGAUAAAGAUUCAGAUAACAGUGAUGCACAGGAUGGUCCUUCAGAUGCUGACUUUUGGAAAGGUCCUCUGCAAGAAGCAGAUGAGAAAUCACGAGAGGAGGAGUUUGAUGAGUAUUUUCAAGACUUGUUUCUCUGA